AUGGCUUCCUUGUACCAGCGCUUCGGCGGGAAGAUCAACACCUCCCGCUCCUUCCCCGUCACGCCCGAAGCCAGCCAUCUCCUAGGCCCCCAGUGCUCCGAGGAAGACGGGGCCGCCGCCGCCGCUGCUGUUGCUGCCGCCGCCGCCUCGGCCCACGCGGUCGCCGGAGCAGCGAAGGCUUCGCGCCCGUCGCAGCCGCACAACCCCAGACCUCGCUUCCAGUACCAGGCGAGGAGGAGCGACGGCGAGGAGGAGGAUGAGCUGGUGGGAAGCAAUCCUCCGCAAAGGAACUGGAAAGGAAUUGCAAUUGCUCUACUUGUGAUUCUGGUUAUCUGCUCCUUGAUUGUCACUUCUGUUAUCUUGCUGACACCAGUUGAAGAUAAUAACCAGUCUCAGAAGAAGAAAAUUACAGUGGAAGAUCUAUUCAGCGAAGAUUUCAAAAUUCAUGACCCAGAGGCUAAAUGGAUAAGUGAUACAGAAUUCAUUUAUAGAGACCGGAAUGGCUCAGUGAUAGUGCACAAUGUGGAAACAAACCAUUCAACAGUUUUAAUAGAAAACAAAAUCAUUGUGUCUAUAAAAGCUAUUAAAUAUGAAGUUUCGCCAGAUAGAGAAUAUGGACUCUUUGCCUAUGACAUUGUACCGAUUUACCGGUAUUCAUAUACUGCUUUUUAUGUCCUCAGAAAACUGCCUAAUGGGGAGCCUCAGAAUCUCUACCCUCCCGAGGUUAGCAAUGCAAAACUCCAAUAUGCGGGAUGGGGACCCAAAGGCCAGCAGCUGAUAUUUAUAUUUGAAAACAACAUCUACUAUUGUGCCCAUAUGGGGAAACAAGCAAUCCGCGUAGUCUCCACUGGAAAAGAGAAAGUUAUUUUUAACGGACUCAGCGAUUGGCUGUAUGAAGAAGAGAUCCUGAAAAGCCAAAUUGCUCACUGGUGGUCUCCGGAUGGCACAAGAUUAGCCUAUGCGACUAUUAAUGACUCCCGUGUCCCAUUAAUGGAGAUACCCAUGUUCACCGGAAGCCUUUACCCCAAAGCAGAAGCCUAUCAUUACCCAAAGGUCGGGACAGAAAAUCCAAGCAUUUCCUUACAUGCAGUUGUGUUGAAUGGGCCUCCUCAUGUUCUAGAGAUGACUCCUCCAGAUGAUCCACGAAUGAGGUUUGUUGUGGUGCUACCUUAUAGACUCUUCAGUAUCCUCAUUAACAAUUUAGAUGAAGGAAUAGAAAGGGAACUCAACAAACUGGGAGGAAUAGCCAACAUCCCAAAUGAAGAGCCCAUCUUCUCUAAAGAUGGCAAGAAGUUCUUUUUUGUCCGAGCCAUACCUCAAGGGGGACGAGGCGAGUUUUACCAUAUUGCCAUGUCAUCAUCUCAGCCCAAUAGCAGCAAUGAUAAUUUACAGUCUAUUACAUCGGGUGACUGGGAUGUGUCCAAAAUUUUGGGCUAUGAUGAGAAGCAGCAUAAAAUUUAUUUCCUCAGCACAGAAGAGUUGCCAAGGACUCGGCAUUUAUACAGUGCCAGCACCAAGGGGAACUUCAACCGGCAAUGUCUCUCUUGUGAUCUGAUUAACAACUGCACUUACUUCCAUGUAACAUUCAGUCACAACAUGGCGUACUUCUUGUUGACCUGUGAAGGUCCGCGGAUUCCAAUGGUAACAGUCCACAGAACAUCCGAUACUCAAAAACUUUUUGAUCUCGAAGUAAAUGCCAGAGUGCAGAAGACAGUCAUAGCACGACAGAUGCCCAAGCGGGAAUAUCUUGAUAUCAAGAUUCAGGAUUACAAAUUGCCACUACAAAUUUUAAAGCCAGCCGUUUUCAUGGAAAACACGCACUACCCUUUGCUCCUCAUUGUGGAUGGAACCCCAGGCACCCAGAGCGUCACAGAAAAGUUUGAAGUGAACUGGGAGAGUGUCAUGGUCAGCUCCCAUGGUGCCAUCGUGAUGAAAUUUGAUGGGCGUGGAAGUGGAUUUCAAGGGACUAAACUCUUGCAUGACGUUAAAAGAAGAUUGGGCACCGCUCAAGAAAAAGAUCAAACAGAGGCUGUUCGGGCAAUGCUGGAAAAGGCAUUUAUUGAUAAGACUCGAGUUGCUGUGUUUGGGAAGGAUUAUGGCGGCUACUUGAGUUCAUACAUCCACUUUUCUGGAGAAGAAAAUAAAGAGCCAACCUUCUCGUGUGGCGCUGCUCUUUCCCCCUUGUCAGACUUCAGAUUGUAUGCUUCAGCUUUUUCAGAAAGAUACUUGGGAUUGCAAGGGUUCGACAAUAAUAAGAUAUAUGAGAUUACUAAACUCUCUCACCGAGUAACAUCAUUGAAGGACCAAAAUUUUUUGAUCAUCCAUGCAACAGCUGAUGAGAAAAUUCACUUCCAGCACACUGCAGAGUUCAUUACUCAUCUAAUUAGGACAAAAGCUAAUUACAGUUUGCAGAUCUACCCCGACGAAGGUCACUACUUCAACAGCCCAACCCUGGAGCAGCACUUGUAUAAGUCCCUUGUCAAUUUCUUUGUGGAAUGUUUCAAAAUGCCGGACAAAAUGCCAGUGGUUUCCACGAAAGAAGACGAGGAUGAAGAUUAACUUUCUGGGCUUGUGCUAAGAAGCACAAGGCGACUUCUCAAAAAAAAGAUAUGCAACUAAAUCCUCCCGAUUUCCCUUCCCUGAUGAAAGGAGCGUUAUGUGAGCAUGUAUUUAAGAAAAGCAAAAAUGGAUUAACAGUCCUGGUGCUGGUAUCGGAGCUCCUGCCUUUUCCAAACAGAAAAAUAUUUAAGCAUGAGGAACUCAGCAGACGCUGCUGUUGAGAACCGAUCCCUAUGAACAAAAUGGCCACCGUGCAAUUUCUGGUUGAAGAGGCUCGACUGGGAAACCGAACUCUGAAGGCAAAUUCGCCCAGAUGCCCACAAAGCAACCCUUUGCAUUGACCAAAUGCAAGUCCCAGAAAUGAGUAUAAAGCCCACCCUCUGUCUGUGUUAGGGGUCCCUUAUUUAGCAUCUCAUUGUUUCCUAUAAAAUGAACCAUCCACGGAAUAAAGAUUAUAGCACAAUUAUUUUUCGAGGGUACCGAAUUGUGUGUUGUUUACCUGUCGUCUUCUGCAUUUCUAAGAAAUUAGGCGUUGCUACGGAACUCCUCAGUUAUACAGGCGUUUUCUUUGUAUAAAACACUGCUGUAGCUUGACUAACCUCACACUGUACAGGCAUUUCUCUCUAUAUAGUUUUUUUUUAGCUGUCGCUCCCUUUCACU